AGAUCGUCGUUGCAUUUAAUUGCAGCGCAUUCCGCCUAGUCAACUCAUAGUUCUGUCGAUCGCCGGGAGUUCGGGACGUAAGUAGCUGUCGAGAUCUGCGAGAUGUUGUCGCUCCAAUUUGUGCUACUGGGCUGUCUGUUGAUCGCUGAGGGGCUUUGUCACACACUACCAGAGGGCAAGGUGAGAACUCCUCGAGAUACUUCCAAUAUACCCACGAGCUUUUUCAAACCUGUGGGCGGUAGCUCGGGCCAUGAUAGAUCGUCGGUAAACGGUGGAAACAGCACCUUCUCACGAUUUCGUCGAGAUACAUCCAAUAUACCCACGGAUUUUUUCAAGCCCGUGGGCGAAACUUCAAGGAACGAUCAUAUUUCUGAAAGAUCUUUUUCAAAUGGCGGAAACGGCACCGCCUUGCGCGGACCAAGUAAUGGCGUUGAAUUUUUUGAGAAAUCUAGCGGAGAAGUGGAAGAAGUGACCGGGUCUUAUGAAGAUGAAGACGUUCCCAGCCGAAAUGUGCCAUUUCAACCUCGACCUUUCUAUCCGCAGAGCCCUCCAAGGAUGUCUUUACCUCAAUUUCCCGAGAACCCUCCCAUAUUUUCUCCACCUAAAUACGGCGACACCUUUCAAACGGACUUCAGCGCAGAUCCCAGGGGAAGCAAUUUCAACAAUAGACCUUUUCCAAGAGCACCUGUUUACGGUGGCAGAGGAACUCCAUCUUUUCGUGAAUCGCCGUUCCGCAACCAAAACUCGGGCACUUGGGUAUCCCGACCGAUACCAGUACCAUCUGGAGGCUCAAUCAUUCCCCUCAUCUCUGGAGGAGUAAGUCGCAGUGGUCCCAAUGGUUCCGGGGGCUCACCGGAUAACUUUUACCGCUCUGAGUCGUACAGCUUCACCUCGGAUGGCCGAGGUCCUCCACAGAUAGAGCGGGAUGUAUACGACUCCCGAGAUGGAUUUGGGUCUUCUUUCCGUAACUUUUAAGAAGUGUUCUUCCAAAAGACUUAUUCAAUAGAGUGUUACCAGAAAUCGUACUUCGUAGUAUAAUACAAUGGAUUUCCCCAAUGCGUAUUUAGCUGAUUGCUAACGAUUUCCGAUUUCCAGUAUAAUUAGUUGAGGCAGGCUGAGAUAAUCAUAAUUUAUAAUGACUUAGCUUUCUAUUAUACAAAGCCAGAAUUUGUAAAACAGAAUCUACUUGUUUAAGUUCUAAAUAAUGCUUUAGCUAUUUGGUAAAAAUAAAAGUGUAUAUUUACCAAAGGAAA